CGCCAUGUUUGCGGAGUCGAAACACGGAAGUAGAUGUCUUUUUCUUUCUUUUUUUUUUUAGCAGCGCCCCCUGUUGCCGCGGAUGGCAAAGUGAAGAUAAAAAAAAGGCACAAUUCUGAACAUUUCCCCCCUGUCUUUAAUAGUAGACGGUGUCCAUAAAGUCUCUUUACAAUUUAAUAAAUGUGUUACAAAAGCUAAUGAAUAGAAUGAAACACGAAAGAAUACAUUUUAUUUGUGAAAAGUGGUUUUAUGGACACAGCUAUGUUUCUUCAACUUUUUACACCAAGUAGCACGUUCAAAAAUACUUAGCUCUAACGUUAAAAAUUAACUAGCAUAGUAGGCCUAAGUCUUCAUCACAAGCGAGGCAGAGUUUUUAUUCCUAAAAAGUGGAUAUAAUAUUAUUAUUAGCAAUUGUGUCAAUAUGCACCGUUUAAGCAUUAACACUGAUCUUAGAUGAGCUAAUUAAAAAAAAAAAGUGACUUCAUGUAUUGCACGUAAAAGUUAAAUAAAAUACCGAAAUAAAGGUUUCAAAACAACUGUUUUUAACGAUUGAAUGCAACUGUAUUGAACUUAAAAGUUAAAUACAACUGAACUGGACUUGACAAAUUUACUGUAUUGGAUUUAAAAAAAUGUUUGCGGCAUAUUCGUCACAAUUUGAACAUUUAAUCAAAGGAAUUCUUUCAUGUACCAUCAGAGGGCGCCCGCGUACCACCAGCGGUACUAGUAUGAACUUUCAGUUUUGGCCAUGCACACAACUUUGUGUAACGAUAUCGAUUUUAAAGACACUUCGGAGGAAAGGUGACUUUUUUAUCUACACAAAACAGAAGAAAAUAAUUGUAUAUUUAAUUCAAUGAUUUAAUUUCAUCCACGAGAGGAAUAAUCUAUGUAUAUAACUCCCUACCCUAUUUUACAUUUAUUGUGCUUUGUUUGUAGAUUGUGUUGUACAUUGUGCGAAAUUGUAGCCAUGCACUGCACUAAAAUUCAUUUUCAUUGUUUGGCCCAAUCGGGAGGCCAAUGAGGAAGUGGAAAAUGGAGAUUUGCGCAUGCGCUGUCCUGGCACUGACUUGCGCAUGAAUGGCAUGACAACAAGCAGCCAUGUCCAAAUGUCGAACUUUAAUCUGGCCGAAAGUGAUUCUAUUCGGGGAUUCCAUCACUCAGUCGUCCUUUCAAAACAACGGAUGGGGUUCAGUCAUCGCCGAUAAAUUAGCAAGGAAGUGUGACGUGGUCAACAGAGGCUUGUCGGGCUACAACUCCAGAUGGGGGAAGAUGGUUCUUCCAAGGAUAGUGAAUAAUGACGAGUCGGCAAACAUUGCAGCAGUUACUGUCUUCUUUGGAGCCAACGACUGCGCUCUGCGAGAUAAGAACCCUCAGCAGCACGUUCCUCUGCAGGAGUAUUCCGAGAACCUGAAGGCGAUGAGCAGCUACCUGACCACGGCGGGGGUCCCGGCGGGCAAGGUCAUCUUCAUCACUCCUCCCCCUGUCCAUGAGGCAGCCUGGGAGAAAGCGUGCACCCUGAAAGGUUGUCCUCUCAAUCGUCUCAACUCCGUGGCGGGCCAGUACGCUCAGGCGUGCGUCCAGGCGGCUGCUCAGUGUGACGCUGACGUUUUGGACUUGUGGACACUUAUGCAGAAAGACGGACAGGACUUCACAGUCUACCUGUCGGACGGCCUCCACCUGUCUGAGAAAGGCAACCAGUUUGUGUUGCGGCACCUUUGGGAGCUGCUGGAGAGCAGAGUGGCACGUCUGCCCUUCAUCCUGCCCUACUGGGCGGACGUGGACGCCGGGAUCCCAGAGAGCAGCCUGCUGUGCGACCAGUGAAGAUUGACAAGACAUCAUGAGGACUCUCAUUAGGAAGACCGUGAACGUCGUCAUAUUUUCUGGAUACUGUAGGCUGACAAUAAAAGCAUUUAUUGGGAUGCAAGUAAUGCAAGCAGUGGACAAGAAUAAAAGCAUUUCACUGAGUAA